UGACGUACUGCUAACAGUGCGCUUACAUGCGCCCAUCAGCUGUUAUAGUUCUCAGGGAGUACCUAAUAAAUUGCCAAUUAAUAAAUUAAAAGUGAUGUGUAGAACGUAGUCAUACCGUAGCUUUACAUGCGAUUUACUUUCGGUACCUGCUCGCGACACACAGUCCUCAAUAUGUACAAGCAGACGUGCACCAAUCUCCUGGAAUUGUCCUCCGCCAAGGUGACCGAGUGGCUGGCCAGCUUCGAUUCUGUUAUCACGGACUGCGAUGGUGUUCUGUGGGUCUAUGGAAAGGCCAUUGAGGGCUCCGUUGAGGUGAUGAACACCUUCAAGGCUUCAGGAAAGAAAAUCUUCUUCUGUACCAACAACUCGACCAAGACCAGAUCCGAACUCCUGAAGAAGGGCGUCGAGCUGGGAUUCAAUAUCACGGAGAGUGGAAUCAUAUCGACCGCCCAUGCCACGGCGUCCUAUCUGAAGCGCCGGAAAUUCGACAAGCGGGUGUUCGUGAUCGGGAGCGAUGCCAUCACCCAGGAACUGGAUGCCGUGGGCAUUAGGCACACCCAGAUUGGACCGGAUCCCAUGAAAGGUUCGCUUGCCGAUUACAUGAGCCAGCAUUUAAAACUAGAGAACGACAUCGGGGCCGUGGUCGUGGGCUUUGACGAGCACUUCAGCUUCCCCAAGAUGAUGAAGGCUGCCUCGUAUCUGAACGACCCGGAGUGCCUGUUUGUGGCCACCAAUACGGACGAACGGUUUCCCAUGCCGAACAUGAUUGUGCCCGGCAGCGGCAGCUUUGUCCGGGCGAUCCAGACAUGCUCCGAGAGAGAACCAUUCAUAAUCGGAAAGCCCAACCCGGCGAUCUGCGAUGCAUUGAUUAAGCAGAGGGUAAUCGAUCCAUCCAGGACUCUGAUGAUCGGGGAUCGUGCCAACACUGACAUCCUGUUGGGCUAUAAUUGUGGAUUCCAAACAUUGCUGGUCGGCUCCGGUAUCCAUCAGCUCGCGGAUGUGGAGCAAUGGAAGCAAAGCAAGAAUCCGGAGGACAAGAAACUCAUACCCGACGUGUACCUGCCGAAAUUGGGAGACCUGCGGCCCUCAUUAAUCUGCAAACGAUCGAGCAGCAUUCAUUGAUUUACCUGGACACGGACACACCCACAGUAUGCAGCAUGGACAAGUGUUUGUUUUUAACGGAGGCUUUACUUUAAAUACAUUACCCGGAAAUAGACAGGACAGUUUCAGAAUACCUAUCAUAAAUUUAUAGUACAAUUUACAAUGCCAUAGAAAUGUUCAAAUAAAUCCACAACCAUUUUGUGGCAGUGUUACAAUA